AUGGCGCGUCUCGGCCGCGUUGGGUUCCUCGCCCUCGCGGUGGUCUUCCACCUGAUCUAUACAUACUCGAUCUUCGAUAUCUAUUUCGUGAGCCCAAUUGUGAGUGGCAUGCGCUCAUAUGGGGUUGAGCGCCCAAUUGGAACCAAUGCUCCCGCCCAACGACUCGUCCUCUUUGUCGCCGAUGGCCUCCGCGCCGACAAGGCCUUCCAGGCAUUCCCCGAUCCGUCCCCCGAUGCUCUCGCCGAGCCUUCCGAUGAUUUGAUUCGAUUGGCACCGUUCAUUCGCUCUAAAGUUCUUACACAUGGAACUUUUGGUGUCUCCCAUACUCGGGUCCCCACCGAAUCGCGGCCCGGUCAUGUUGCCCUCAUUGCGGGCUUGUACGAAGACGUCUCGGCGGUUACAACGGGGUGGAAAUUGAACCCCGUGGACUUUGAUAGCGUCUUCAAUCGCAGUCGGCAUACAUGGAGCUGGGGCAGUCCGGAUAUUCUGCCAAUGUUCAAGGAGGGUGCGGAACCUGGCCGUGUUGACGCGGAGAUGUAUGCAGAGGAAGCGGAGGAUUUCAGUCAAGACGCUACUCAUCUGGAUACUUGGGUGUUCGCGAAGGUCCACGAACUUUUCGAGUCCGCCAAGACUGAUCCGGAGCUUGACCGGAAACUGCGCGAGGACAAAUUGGUGUUCUUCCUCCAUUUGCUGGGACUAGAUACUACAGGUCACGCGUUCAGGCCUUACUCCAAGGAAUACCUCAAUAACAUCAAAAUUGUGGACAAGGGCAUUCAAUCGGUCACCAAGCUGGUCGAGGACUUUUACGGCGAUGAUCAGACCGCAUUCGUUUUCACUGCGGACCAUGGCAUGAACGACAUGGGCAGUCACGGAGACGGUCAUCCAGAUAAUACGCGCACUCCAUUGGUUGUCUGGGGUUCCGGUGUCGCUAAGCCUCAAAUUACCAUGAAUGGAAUCGCUCCUGGCCACGAGGAUGGGUUCUCGUCGGAUUGGGGAUUUGACCAGAUCCAUCGACAUGACGUUGCACAGGCUGACGUCGCGGCUCUAAUGGCAUAUCUGGUUGGCGUUGACUAUCCCGUUAACUCGGUCGGUCAGCUGCCAUUGGAUUACAUUGAUGCCAGUCCCGAGGAGAAGGCACAAGCCGCACUUGCAAACACCCGGGCCGUGCUUGAAAUGUAUCGAGUGAAGGAAGAGCAAAAGAGGAAUGCAGUGCUACGCUACGUACCCUUCGAGCCUCUUUCUGGCGACGGCGAAACUUCAAUUGAAGGACGAUUUGCGAACUUGGAGGCGCUCAUUUCAAACGGAGCUUACGAGGAUUCCAUUGCUUUAUCUUCUGAACUGCUGGUUCUCGGUCUCGAGGGUCUGCGCUACCUGCAAACAUAUGACUGGCUGUUCCUGCGGACAAUUGUCUCUUUGGGAUAUCUGGGUUGGAUUGCUUAUGCGUUGACCACGGUCAUUGACUUGCACGUCUUGCACGGAACUACCGACUCUCAUCGAACCAUCGCUAGCAUCUCAUUCUUCUCGUCAAUUUUGGUGGCCCUAUUCUCCGUUUUCCUGUACCAAGGUUCCUCGUGGCGGUAUUACUUCUACGCUUUCUUCCCCGUCUACUUCUGGGAGGAAGUCUUUGCUCGCCGCAAGGCGCUGAUUGCCGGCCGUCAAAUUGUCCUCGGUCAUGUUCACUCGCUCUCCGGGUACCUGACAUUUGGGCUGCAGGCGCUGGCAUUCCUUGGCGUGCUCGAAGCACUGGUCCAAUCCUACUUCCACCGUGAGAUCUUCACCGUUGGGUUUGCCUUGGGUGCCCUCUGGCCUGUGGUUUACGGCUUUGGAUUCAUUCGUGACCACGCUUUCCUCACUGCAACAUGGGCUCUUGGUUGCUCCUUGAUGAGUACCUUUACUCUUCUUCCGGUCCUCAAGGUGGAGAACCUUGACACUAUCACGUAUGGUGGCCUCAUCAUGUUUUUGACCGGCAUUCUAUAUCUUCUGUUCGAAGAUGCAAUCCUCGAGCACGGCGGCAAUGUCGCAAAGGGCUUUAAGCUGACUACCGUUGGCUCACGAGUCAUCGUGGGUUUGCAGGUUGGUAUGGUUCUUCUUGCAUUGAUCGUGACUCGCUCGAGCGUGGCUUCUCUCCAAGCUCGUGAGGGCUUGCCCAUUGGUAACCAAGUCGUGGGCUGGUUUGUACUGGUGGCCUCACUCUCUUUGCCUUUCUUCCACCGUUUCUACCCCAACAAUAACUACCUUCACCGUCUUAUGGUCAUCUUCCUGACCUUCUCGCCCACGUUCAUCAUUCUCACCAUUUCGUGGGAGGGACUGUUCUACUUCGUGUUCUGCAUGACCCUCGUAACAUGGGUCCGUCUCGAACAUGCCAUCUACGUUCACACCGCAGACUCGAAAACAGUCCAGUCGCAAGAGCCAGCUACUAAGGACUCGGCAAUUCCAUCGAAACCCGCUCCUACCAGCACCACCACCGUCGAUGGACAGACAUACAGCUACCGUGCCCUGACCCUUUCUGAUACCCGUGUCGCCCUGUUUUUCUUCUUCCUUCUCCAGUCAGGAUUCUUCAGCACCGGAAAUGUCGCCUCCAUCUCCACUUUCUCCCUAGACAGUGUCCGCCGUCUCAUCCCCAUCUUCGACCCAUUUGCCCAAGGCGCGCUGUUGAUCCUACAAAUACUUAUCCCCUUCGCCAUUAUCAGCGCCAACCUGGGUAUUCUGAACCGACGCCUUGAAGUCGCACCUAGUGCACUGUUCAUGGUCGUCAUGUCCAUCUCGGAUAUAAUGACCUUGAACUUCUUCUACAUGGUGCGCGACGAAGGCUCCUGGCUGGAUAUUGGCAUGACUAUCAGUCAUUUCUGUAUCGCCAGUGCUCUUUGCACUUUUGUUGCUGGACUCGAGUUCCUCAGUGAGCAGUUCGUCAGUGGAGUUGACUUUGGUCAUGCUGCCAAUGCCCUUGGCUCUGCUGUCGUACAGGCUGUCGGCGAGUCUGCCGAGUGUGGCCAUGAAUCGACUACAAAGUCGAGCCCGAGUAAGAGCUUGACAAGUCGCAACGGAACCCAGAGUAAUAAUGCUCAGCAAUGA